CCCACCCACCCUCCACGCUGAGGCUGGAACAGGCAGGUCCCUGCCAACUCCACAGCACGCAGCAAGCAGGGAAGAAGGGAAGAAGUCCACCCUCCCUGGGCAGGAGCGGAGUUGAGCCCAAAGGAUAUUUGAUGACACUUUGGCAACGAUGGGUCCCCCAGCAUCUUCCAGAGCCCAUUUGAGGGUGAAGGCUCCGAAAGCGCAGAGGGAGUUUGAAGCUAAAUUCACCUGAGUCUGGAUCUCUUGGUCGCUGGGAUUUAUCUAUUUUUCUUUUUUUUCUCCACGAGGAAACCGAACCAAGAAAAAAAGCGUGCUUGCCUUUUUUUUUUUUUUUUUUUAAUCUCCCUAAUUUUUUUUUUUUUAAUUCUUUAUUUUUUUUCUUUUGGAAGAAGAUUUUUUUUUUUUUUCCCCCUGUGGUUGGAAUGGAGGGGUUGGGUCUGUGCCUAAGAAGCAGCAGCCGAACGUCGGUCCUGGGAGAAACCCGAGUGGAUGUGGGGUGCCCUGCCAGCUAACUCUGCAGGAGCUGCAGCCCCACGGCCGGAGGGGCUGGAUGCGGUGAGAGAGCCUCUCACAGGAUCCACGUGGUGACGUGGCAGCCAAGACGUGGAAGUUUGGGACUUCUCUUCCACCGCAGCAGAAUUUGGGGGGUGGGCAGGGGUGGGUCAGGGGGACACUGGGAGUCGCAAGACCCUUCACCUUCACUGUGGUCUUGGCUCAGGGAUGACAACGGGCAGAGUCAACCCUUACAGCAUCGUGUCCUCCGAGGAAGACGGGCUGAGGUUGACCACCAUGCCAGGUAUCAACGGCUUUGGCAAUGGGAAAAUCCACACCAGGAGGAAAUGCAGGAACAGGUUUGUAAAGAAGAAUGGUCAGUGCAACGUGGAGUUCACCAAUAUGGAUGACAAGCCACAGAGGUACAUUGCAGACAUGUUCACCACGUGCGUUGAUAUCCGCUGGAGGUAUAUGCUCUUGCUCUUUUCCCUGGCAUUUCUGGUGUCCUGGUUAUUGUUUGGGCUGAUUUUCUGGCUAAUUGCACUCAUUCAUGGAGACCUAGAAAACCCGGGUGGAGACGAUACUUUCAAGCCUUGCGUUCUGCAGGUCAAUGGCUUUGUGGCUGCUUUUCUGUUCUCCAUCGAGACCCAAACGACGAUUGGGUACGGCUUCCGCUGCGUGACCGAGGAGUGUCCGCUCGCCGUCUUCAUGGUGGUGGUUCAGUCCAUCGUGGGCUGCAUAAUCGACUCUUUCAUGAUUGGUGCAAUAAUGGCAAAAAUGGCCAGGCCCAAAAAACGGGCCCAGACAUUACUUUUCAGCCAUAACGCAGUAGUGGCGAUGAGAGAUGGAAAACUCUGCUUGAUGUGGAGAGUUGGGAACCUACGGAAAAGCCACAUAGUAGAAGCCCACGUACGAGCUCAGCUAAUUAAACCCAGGAUCACGGAGGAAGGGGAGUACAUCCCGCUCGACCAAAUAGACAUUGACGUGGGGUUUGAUAAAGGCUUGGACCGUAUUUUCUUGGUGUCUCCCAUCACCAUUCUCCACGAGAUCAACGAAGACAGUCCCUUGUUCGGGAUCAGCCGCCAGGACUUGGAGACGGAUGACUUUGAGAUCGUCGUCAUCCUGGAGGGCAUGGUAGAGGCCACAGCCAUGACGACGCAAGCUCGGAGCUCCUACCUGGCCAGUGAGAUACUGUGGGGCCACCGCUUCGAGCCUGUCUUGUUCGAGGAGAAAAACCAGUACAAAGUAGACUAUUCCCACUUCCACAAAACCUACGAGGUCCCGUCCACGCCCCGUUGCAGCGCCAAGGACUUGGUGGAGAACAAAUUCCUGCUGCCCAGCACCAACUCCUUCUGCUACGAGAACGAGCUGGCCUUCAUGAGCCGUGACGAGGAAGAGGAAGACGAUGACAGUCGGGGUCUGGAGGACCUCAGCCCGGACAACAGGCACGAGUUCGACAGGCUUCAAGCCACAAUAGCGUUGGAUCAGCGGUCGUACAGGAGGGAGUCGGAAAUAUGACUCUUGGUCCUUCCAUUGACUUUUCCAAGGGUAUUUUUUUUCCUCCUCUAAUCUCUUCCCCUAAAACCCGCUCAAAUUAUGCAGAACAAUGCAAGUGCCAUAGGAAUGCUUGAGAAAUUAGUAUCGUUCAUAGUUUUCAGUUUCAUCGCAAUAACCACUGAGCGGUCUGCAGAGGGGACGGUGGCAGGCCACGGCGCGUCCCCCGUGCCCAGUGCCCGCGGCAGGGCCCAUGGCUCUGGGGGAUGGAUGGACAGAUGGAUGGAUGGAUGGAUGGAUGGACAGAAGGAAGGAUGAGGAGAGGAGGGUCCGUGGGGCGCGGGCAGGUGCUCGCCCCGCGCAGCCCCGUGGGGCUUUGCUGUCCCCGUGAGGAAAACGACAGCGUUUUCCUGGAGCCGAGCACUGCGAGAUCCAAAAAGAGGAAAUAUCAGGAAACAAAUCUUACUCUCUGUCUUUCUCUCUUUCUUUUCUUUUCUUUUCCUUUUAUUUUUUAACUGAGCAGCAACAACAAAACAAUUGCUCCUUUGGCAGGUGGUCGGUUCAGUUGCACAAGAACAACACUUGAAAUAACAUGCAACAUUAAUGUACUUCUUUUUAAUUUGGGAAAAAAUGGGGGAGGGAGGUGAGAGGGUUUUUAAUAUUUUCACCGCACCGUUUGGGAGACUGUUUACCAAAAUAAUAAUAAUUAUUAUUAUUAUAAUUAUAACAAUAAUAAUAAUAUUGAAUCUGAAAGAAGUCAUUCAGUAUUUUUUAAAAAUGAACAAAGGAAUGAAGAAGCCACUGGGGUCCUUUGAGGGGGUGACUUGUUGGGUAAAUGCAAGAACUAAAAGUUAAGAUUGCAUCCAGUUUUGGGGUGUUUUUUUUACCACUGGCAUGGCUUCAUAUGCAGAAAAACAUGUGUAAGUGACUGUAGGUCUGUGGCAGUGAAAGAAAGUGAAAUUAUUAACAAAGGAGGUAAUAAGGAUAAGCGGAGCUGUGAGAGAAAAAAGCAUUGUAAACACAGUAAUUAACCAAUAUCUGGAAAUGUUGGAUUUUGGGGUGGAAAUGGGGUCUGAACAUCAGCUGCUGAAGUGUUGGGUCUCCCCCAACAUCUCUGAUGGGGAAUUCAUAAGGUUCACCAUAACUGGGACAUAACAGUGAAAAGCACAAAAAUGAGAGUGGAGAGCUCUCAAAAUUGGGUAUUUCCCCAGUUUUCUGACCAAUUUGGUAUUUUUCUUCAUUGAAGAAUAUUUUCAAACAUGGAAAUCAAUGGGAAAGUCAUCUUGUCGGGCCGCACUUCUAGUCCUGGAGCUGUGUCCGUGCCAGGCUGAGCUUCAUGAAUUCCCAACCCACCAGAGAGUCCUGCUUCAGAUGUUCUCCCCAAAACAACAGAUGCCAGUUGAGAAAAUCACCCCGUCUUGCGCUUCAGCCCAUCCCUGUGCCCCAGCCUCGAGGUGGAUUGUGCCUUAGAGAUGCGAACUCAUCCCGUGUCCCAGCCCUUCUCCACAGCCCCCAUCCUGCAUCCCCCCUCUUGCUCUGCAGCACCCACAUCCCACCAUCCACCGCCUUCCAGGCUGGCCUUGGUGACAGCCUGCUCUAGCUGCACCUCCAGCACAAGGCAAAGCACCCCAUGCGUGGGAAGCCUCUGCUCCUGCCCUGCUCCCCACAGAGGGAAGGAGUCAGGCAGGUGCAGCUUUGUGGGUCCCUUCGUCUGGCUGUGCUGCUCGUUGGUGCUCUGGGAGCCAAAAUGUGGCUCCCUGCUCCCUGAGGCCACGGGAAAGGCUUCGUACCCACGGGCAUCCCUCAGCUGACCCUGAGCAUGGAGCCCUUGGGGAGAGGGCUCAACAGCGAGGUCCUCCACAGCAUUUUGGCUGUGAAGGGCUCCCGGUGCUUUUCCCCCCACAGCCCACACCAGGGAAGCUGUGUCUUGGGGUCAGGACUUGCUGUGGUGUGUCCAAACAUGGGUGGCAAAAGCAGGAUUUGUCCUGUGUCUCCAUCCCCAUCUUCUUCUUGCCAAGGGCUCUGGGGAAGGG